AUGGUGUUGUUCGGAAGCACCGUGACGAAAGGUGGCGGCGGUGCAAUUUGCCACGUACAGUCGGGCCCAAUGGCAUAUGGAGCGCUGCACUAUUACAUAUGGCGUAACGGGGAACUUGGAAGACCGACGCUUGAUCAAGCUUUAAGCUCAACCAUACUAUCAACUGAUCCGUUCCAGGCACCUGCCAUCCUGGACACCAUAGCGGAGGCCUUUUUUGUUGACGACGCGAGCGUCGGAGUUAAAUUUCACGAGAAAUUGGUGUCGACUGUCGAGGAUCGUCCGGACGAGAGGGAGCUUCCAGUUGCUAUGGUUGCUCUCGCAGGAACAGCGGUGCGCAGUGUCAUCAUGCAAUAUUCAUCCGAAAAAUACGACCGUGAUUUUAAUUGUGAAUUAUAUAGCGGGAUCUACAAAACACUCGUAGGUAUCCUGAACGGUAUCUUUGACACUAGUGAGCGCAAGUACCACGUACUGAUGAAUUCUGUCUAUAAAACUGUUUAUGGCUCCAAGGCCAACGUGGUGUGCGAUCUCGAGACGGACGAGGCGUUGAUGUUCCUUGACAUCGAUGCAAUGCCAGAGUCGGAGGAGUACGUAGUAGGUGACGAGCGCUAG